AUAUAUUUCUUAAAUAUUUUUUUAGUUACAUAAAACACAUAUACAAUGGCUGGUGAAAAAGGAAAGGUUCUUCUUGCUUAUUCUGGUGGUCUUGAUACUUCUUGUAUUUUGGCUUGGUUAAUUGAACAAGGUUAUGAAGUCAUGGCUUACAUUGCUGAUGUUGGUCAAGAAGAAGACUUUGAAGCUGCUCGUAAAAAGGCUCUUGCAGUUGGUGCAUCCAAGGUGUUUGUUGAAGAUCUUAAAGAAGAAUUUGUUAAGGAACUUAUCUUCCCUGCUAUUCAAGCUAAUGCUAUCUAUGAAUCUGUUUAUCUUUUGGGUACUUCUUUGGCGCGCCCUGUCAUUGCUCGUAAGCAAAUUGAAAUCGCUGCUCGUGAAGGUUGUCAAUUUGUGUCUCAUGGUUGUACUGGUAAGGGUAAUGAUCAAGUUCGAUUUGAAUUGGCCUAUUAUGCUUUGAAACCUGAUAUUCAAGUCAUCGCUCCUUGGAGAUUACCUGUAUUCUUUGAACGAUUUGCUGGUCGAAAGGAUUUAUUGGCUUUUGCUGCUGAAAAGGGUAUCCCUGUUGUUCAAACUGCUGCCAAACCUUGGUCUACUGAUGAAAACUUAUUCCAUAUCUCAUAUGAAGCUGGUAUUCUGGAAGAUCCCAACGUGACUCCUCCUAAAGAUAUGUGGAAAUUAACUGUUGAUCCUGAAGACGCACCAAACACACCUGAAAGAAUCACUAUUUCUUUCGAAAAAGGUAUUCCUGUCAAGGUUGUUAAUCACAAUGAUGGUACUGAAGUCACUGAACCUGUUGCCUUGUUCACCUAUCUCAAUACUAUCGCUCGUCGAAAUGGUAUUGGUCGUAUUGAUAUUGUGGAAUCUCGAUUUAUUGGUGUUAAAUCUCGAGGUUGUUACGAAACUCCCGGUGGUACUAUUCUUCGUACUUGUCACGUUGAUUUGGAAGGUCUCUGUUUGGAUGGUCAAAUGCGUGCUCUUCGUGAUCAAAACAUCACUGUUCCUUACUCUCGAGCUCUCUACAAUGGUCUCUACUUCUCUCCUGAAUGUGAAUUAUUGAAUCAAUCUAUUGCCUUUACACAACGUAACGUCACUGGUGACGUGAAAGCCAAGCUAUACAAAGGUAAUGUUAUUAUUGAAGGUCGUGUUGCUCGUGGUGAUGGUGCCAAGUUAUAUGAUAUGCAAGAAUCUUCCAUGGAUGAACAAGGUGGUUACAAUCCUCAAGAUGCUGAUGGUUUUAUUAAGAUUCAUUCUAUUCGUCUCAAGAAAUUCACUCCUGCCAAUCAAUAAGAUUGACAAUUAUACAUAGUUCCGUUUUUCCCCCCAUUUUGUUUCAUCUCCUUACUGCAUUUUUUUUCCUUUGUUUAUUCAUUUGUUUUAUAUAUUAAUAAUAAAGAAAAUGUUUCGUUUUUUUUUUAAGUAUUGUAUGUACAAUCUAUUGAUAUUAACAACUGUAACUUUUCUUUGUUCUAUUGAUGGUUUUUGAAUCAUCCACUUUUAAAAAACGGAAGAAAGUCAUAUACAGUUAAUAUUUUUGGUAGUACUAUAUCUGAAUUCUACCCAGAUUUUCCCAUCUGCAUAUGAUACCAUUUCAUUUCUUUACGCAAUGGGAAAAAUGAAGUAAGAUGGAACAGAAUAAACAAGACUGAAUCGCGUUUACUUUUUUUUUUUUCCUACUCUGUGAUUAGAGUCUCUUUGUAUCGAGUUGUUUGAUGAAUACAUGAAAUGUUCAUAGACAGAUUGAUGAUUGAUUGUCGAUGAUUGAU